UUAAUCGAAUUGCUUUCUCCACCAAACAUGACCAAGGACAAGCAACCUCUCGAGGUGGAUCUGGAAGAUGGCUUACAAGAAACAAAUGCUACUUUCAAUGAACCUAAGCCAAUUGCGGAUCAAGAAAAAGAACGCAUCAAUGAAACAGGAUCCAAUGGCGCUAACUACUUUCCUUUAGUCACGGCCAUGAUUAAUGACCCGGAUAGACCCGAUUCUUUGGUCAUGUCUGCCUCUGAGUUCCGCUUUUUAUGGCCUUAUUCGGCUAAUCAUAAAUAUUGUUGCAUCUAUAGAGUGCCAUGCCGACUACGAAAUGUGAAACCAGACGCUUACACUCCUCAAAUGGUUCUCAUCGGUCCUCUCUCUAAGAAACCUAAAAUUAUGGAGCUCUCUAAGAAAUAUUCGAGGUAG